UUUGUCGGUGUGUUUAUCUCAGUCCCAGGCCAUCCAGCUUCCAAAAGACUGUCGGCCCCUGUGGGAGAAGGCGGGACUCCAGCCCCCGGCGCCGACAUUUCACAGAACAGCACUCAUCUCAUUCCGUUUUCCCUGUCUUCCCUCAACACUUUCCCUAGUACCUUCUACCCACGCCUUUCCCUCCGCUGGGAAGCUCCUCGCUCUCCCACUUCCACGCUGCGACCCCAUCUUCCCCCUCCGACCCCGAUGAGCAGCGCCACCCGCGAGCCUCCGCGGCGCGCGGCUUCAGAGAACAACCCCCGAAAAUCGGCGGAAAACUACUGCGCACGCGCACGGAACUCGCGCCGCUUGGCCUCACGGGUACGAUGGGCUGGUUUCUCCGUCUCUGAUUCGCGGAGGCCACGGUGUGGGAACUCUCGCGGUAUUUGCUGUGGGCGGCUAGUGGGCUGCUGGGGCUGCUGCAGCUCCUUUUGCCGCCCGCUCCUCUACGCUGCUCCGAGUGUCGGCCGAGCACCAUGACUUCCGCCCUGGAGAACUACAUCAACCGUAUCCUCUGGCGGCCGCCGCCGGCGCUGGUAGAGCCGCGGGCCUGGGCCGUGAAGUUUGGGAAUAAAAGGAACAGUCGUCCUACCGAUGACGAUAUUGUUGUAAACCCAUGUGCUGCACUUGUUUUAAUCGUGGGCUUUGCUCAUUGUCCGGCCCCUUUACCACCGGAAGUCUCAACCUCUUUGUGGAUAGAAGGGAAAUGUCGCAGGGGACACGGAACUUCAGAAAGCCUCCGGGAGGUCGCCUAGCGCGCUGUGCAUGUUGACAGUCUUAAAGCCUCGGGGCAGAAAGGCUACAUGGGGUGGGGGGUGGGGGUGAAAUACUCUAGAGGUAAUGCUGUAAAGCACCUUUA